CUUCUGGCGAUUGUCUACCGGAUCGUGUCGGGAGCUACUGGGACGUCAUUUGCAUGUCAUCUAAUUGGAAAAAGCAGUGGACACCGGAGAAGUAGAACAUAACGUUUUGACCAUGGCGGAACAAUUAGCAGACAUUGAGGUGACUGUCAAAACAUUGGACUCCCAGAGCAGAAGUUACACAGUAGGCAGUCAGUUGACAGUGAAAGAGUUCAAGGAACACAUCGCACCUUCAGUGUGUAUCCCUGUGGACAAACAGAGGCUUAUCUACCAGGGCAGGGUUCUGCAGGAUGACAGGACUCUGAUGGACUACAAUGUGGGUGGCAAGGUAAUCCACCUUGUGGAGCGGGCACCCCCUCCGCCGUCCCAGUCCGGUUCAGGGUCAGGAGGUGCAUCUACUGACAGUGGGGCUUCCUCCUCCACCUCCCAGGGAACCUCCCAAGUGCCUCCACAAGACCGCAAUGCCAACAGCUAUGUCAUGCUGGGAACUUUCAACCUCCCUGUCAACAUCAUGGACCCUCAACAAAUACAGAUGUCAGUUCAGCAGAUGGUUUCAGGUUUAGGAGAGAAUGCCAGGAAUGCCCGAGUCACAACCAGCACGGGGAGUAAUGGCUCCGUGAACGUGCACAUUGAUAUAGACCAUCCAGUGCAGAGUGAGCCCAGACUGAGGCUGCUAUUGGCUGAAAACCUGUUGAGGGACAUCAAUGUUCUCAUCCAAAGAAUGGAGGGUCAACCAAGUGACACAUCCAAUCAGCCGGAAUCAACCUCUGCUGCUGCACCCCCACCUCCCUCCUCCUCAUCCACAACCUCUACUCCCUCCCCUUCUGCCCAGCCAAUGGACACUUCCCCACCUCCAUCCACUCCUCCGCCUCCUCCCACUUCUGCUCAAUCUGAGGGACCAACACCCCAAGCUGGACCCAAUCAUCCCAGCCCAGCAGAACUUGUGGAGAUGUUAUCUGAGCUAAGGAGGGUGGAGGAGAGGCUGCAGCCAUUUAUCCAGAGAGCUCAUACCAUCCUGGAGACGGCUACCACCGCAGAAUAUAAUAAUACAGAGAGAGAGGAAGACCAGCGCAUUCUCAACCUUGUGGGUGAGUCUCUCCGCCUAGUGGGAAACACUCUGGUUGCCCUCAGUGACCUGCGCUGCAACCUGCUAAGCCCUGCCCCCCGCCACCUACAUGUCAUCCGGCCCAUGUCCCACUACACCACGCCCGUCACUCUGCCUGGACCAGUACACCACCACAUCCCACUGCACAUGAACCUGGGUGCCACGGUCAGUAUGGCAGCCAAUGGCAGCGAGGGACAGUCCCCGCCCACUCAGCCAGCUAGCCAGUCGGAGCAAGCAGGUCAGGGACAGACCUCUCCCCCACAGACUCCCCCAUCCAAUCAGCAGGCUGGACAGGGACAGGCUGGCCCCCGCGUCAUCAGGAUCAGCCACCAGGCAGUACCGGUGGUCAUGAUGCAGAUGAACACGGACGGACCUGGUGCUAACCCUCAAACAGCAGGACAGCAGAUGCCUGGACAGCCAGGCACUCUCCCUCCAGAUUUCAUGCGGAACCUCAUGCAGCAGAUCAGCCAAUACUCUGCUGCCAUGGCAACCAGUGCAGCCACUGCUGCUGUCACUGGUCAAGCAGUCCCAGCCCAACCGACGCCACCUGGCUCCUCCUCCACCACCACCACAGGCCCCAACACCCCCACCACUACCCCGACUGCCCCUCCGCCACCUCCCCAUGCUGGACCCCAGCCCCAAGCCAGGGUGGUGUUCACUCGCCCAGGCUUUGCACCUGGUAUGCCCCCCUCAGCAUUCGGCACCAGGGGAGCCGCCAUCAACGUGAGGACUGACGUGCCAGGCCAGCAGACUGGAGAGCCCUUUAACCCUGCUGCCCUUAAUCAGAUGAUUAGUGGACUAGUGGGACAGCUUUUCCUUCCGGGGCAGAUGGCUGGCCAAAUGGUCACCUCUUCCCACACCUCCUCAUCCUCCUCAUCUUCCUCCUAUUCCUUCUCCUACUCCUCUUCUUCGGAGCCAGCACCUAUGCCUGCUGGAGACACAACUGCUCCAUCAGGACAACCUGAGACUGCACCUAGCCAGCCCCAGCCCCAGCCCCAGCCCCAGCCCCAGGGGAUGCCCCCAGACCUCAGCCAGCUCCUGGGCUCUAUCCUUGGGGGUGUCACUGCAGGGGGCGUUGCUGGUGUGGGGCCUCUAGGGGCCCCGUCCAUCACUGUAACCACAUCUGGUGUCCCAGCCUUCAUUCAGGGAGUGACUGAUUUCAUGCAGCAGGCCUCCCAGCCUGUGUUCUCCCCCCCUCCUCCCACUGGUACCACACCUGCUCCCCCUACAGAGACCACCCCCAUCCCUAAUGCCCAAACUUCAGCAGAGGCCCUGAACCCAGAGCUGUUCACUGGCAUCCUUCGGGGCGUCCUGACCACCAUGAUGGGCUCCCUGGGCCAGGGCCAGAACGAUACAGAGAGCAUUGCUCAGUUCAUGCAGAGGCUCUCGCAGACCACCAACAUCUUUAUUAGCCCCGAGGAUCCCACUGGUUUCUUUGGAGAGUUGCUGACUCUGGUGUGCCAGACAUUCACUAUGUCCGACCUGGUAAUGCUGUUCCACGGCCAGCACCAACCCCUGGGCCGCAUUCAGCCCCAGCUGGCGCAGUUCUUCAGCCAGAGCUACCUCAAUGGCAUGGAGCCCAAUGACCAAAACAUCAGCGCUGCUGCAGAAGACCUUGUUAAUGAACUGGAGGAGUACAUCACUGAAAGCUUUAGAGAGUCCUCUGUCACAGUGUUGGAAGGGGUUGACGUUGUCCAGACCAACAUGUCGUUCUUCAGACAGCAGUUGACUCAGAUUGCCACACACAUUCUACGCUGCACUGAUGAGUCCUUUGGGCCACAGCUGCUGCGGAUAUGCAACCAGGCCCUGUUUGAGUGUCUGGCUCUUAACCUGCACUGCCUGAGAGGGGACCGGAGUGCUCUUACCGCAGUCAUCAACCACCGAAUAAGGAGGAUGUCCAGCGAUAUGAGCCCCAGCCUGGUCAACUGGAUGACCAGCAUGAUGACCAUGAGGCUGCAGGUCAUCCUGGAGCACAUCCCCAUCACACAGGACCAGAUACAUGCCUACAUAGUCCCCACCCAGACAGAGCAGAUGUCUGCUGGUGCUGCACAGGAGCCCGAACAGGCCCAAAGUGUGGCCAUAAGCAUGAUCGAGGACAUACUAUCCCCGGCUGCAGCUACCACAGCUGAGGAGGCUGUGUCAGGAGAGAUGCAGGCGUCAUCAGUGGAAACAAGGACGUUGUCAGGAGAUACUGGAGCUUCGGGAGGAGCUCCGCCAUUGGGCGGUGCAGAAGGAGGAAGGGAGGAGUCCGCUGGAAACAUGGAGGCCUGGGCAGCUGCUGUACCUACUGAAUGGGUGCCCAUCAUCAGAUGUGACUUGAUCACCCAGAGGAAGAUGAAGGCUCAGCCUCCACUGUCUGAUGCCUACUUACAUGGGAUGCCUGCAAAACGCAGGAAGACUGGACAAGGGACUGGAGCCCUGCUGUCCCUUUCUGAUGCUGUGAACCAGGCAGCCAGGACAGCAGGAGUGAAGCCCAUCGGCACUCCUGACCAGCUACAAGAGGAGCUGGAGAACCAGGACCUUAAGGAGGCAUAUGCUGAGCAGGUAAAGACAGACAUCAAGAAGCGAGUGAGGGAGGACCCGGAUUUCAGCUCUGAGCAGUUCCCCAACACACACACAGCCUUCUCGUCUGACUCCUAACCUGAUCACAUCCAUUUAGAACCGGUCUACAAGCACCAGAGCCCUUCCUUUUUCUGUUUAACCACCAGCUGACACAGCUGCACCCCUAGAAACACGUCCUUACACUUUCUGAACAAUUCUCCCGUCUUAACUAACUGCGUCUCAGUAGUUGGUGAGAAAUUCCCCAGUGCCUAUUUAUUGCUUUUUGUUCCUUUUCCUUUGGUCCGUCUUUGGGAGAAUGUUCCCUAAAGAACUGUUCUUGCAUUAGUUUCACAGGACUCGGUCACCGCUCUUUAUGAAUACACGUUGUUGCUGCAGCGUUCCUUUACAACCCUCCUUUGUUCUGCUUGCUCUCCUUGUGAUGUCGUGUUAAUACUGAGCCUGGAUUAUGAAUCAUUAAAGUUUGUUUUUUUGCCUUCCUCUCGAUACUUUUUAUGUUCAAGAGUAGAAUGAAAUGUGAGGAAAAUGCCAUUUAGUACAUGAAUGUACAGUGAGCUUAAUAAAAACGUUAAGACACGA